AUGAGCGACUACAUUGAGUCUAGAUAUGCUGAAGAGGUUCCGGUCAAGGAUGCAGCCUAUUCUUGGUACCUUCCCCAUCAUCCCGUUUUCCACCCAGCCAAGCUAAAUAAGAUACGUGUGGUCUUUGACUGCGCAGCUAAAUUCUACGGAAUCUCCCUAAACGAUCAACUACUCUCCGGACCUGAUAUGACCAAUUCGUUAAUCGGGAUACUUUCGGGAUUCAGACAGAAGAAAGUCUCCAUCAUGACCGAUAUUGAAUCGAUUUUCCACCAAGGUCGAGUGUCUGAGAAAGACCGUGACGUUUUAAGAGUUCCCUGGUGGACGAAUGGCGACUUAUCGCAACCACCGAAAGAAUACCGAAUGACAGAACAUUUGUUUGAAGAUACAUCCUCUUCAAGUGGUGCAACCUUCGCGCUUAGUAGAGCCAUCACUGAUGGUGCAGAAAGCUACGAGAAAAAUGCCCCAGAGGAGGUGAAACUAAACUGUGAUUUUCAACUCCAUGCCCUUAGUGACGCUUCGGAAACCGCUUAUGGCGCAGUCGCCUACAUGGUCGUCGGAGGCAAAAGUGAAACAACGCGCUCUCGAUUAAUAUUUUCCAAAGUCAGAAUCGAUCCUAUUCGCGCGACUAUCUUACCACGCGUGGAGUUAAUGGCAGCUGUGGUAGCCGUUAAGAUAGCCAGGUUGAUCCGCACAGAAAUGAGCGUAAUGAUUUCGACAACUUUCCACGUGACAGACUCUCCGGUGGUGCUAGAAGAACAACGCCUCACUUAUGAAGUUAUACGUACGGUUAUAACUGAAAUUGAACAAAUUCUAAACGACAGGCCGUUAGCAAGACAGAGUGACGACCCGGAUGAUCAGUACGUGCUUACACCGAGUAAGUUGCUGAUACUAAGAAGUAAUUCGUCCGAGCCAAUAUCAAGUACGAAUCCGAAGAAUCAAUUUAAUAGCAGAUGGCGACAGGCACAACUCCUAGCGGAUACCUAUUGGAAGAAAUGGUUAAGAGACUACCUACCGACACUCGCAGUUUGUCGGAAGUGGAAGUCUGCGCAAGCGGGUCCCAGGAUUGGUCAACAUGUUCUGCUAAUGGCGGCAGACAAACCCCGACGUGUAUGGUCUAAGGCAAUAAUCGAAGAAGUACACGCAGGAUCGGACAACUUAAUUCGUGGAGUCAUCGCACGCACAGCAAAAGGUCAUGUACGGAGGGACAUACGUCAAGCUGCCCACUAGAAGGAGAAGUGGAUCAAAUGGAAACUCCGUGACGCUUUCAGGCCCUCGGAGACCGCGACUCCGCGGGGGAGUGUGACAUCCCUGAUGUCAAUUUCUAUUCUUGUCUUUACUUUGCUACUAACCGUUUGCUAGUAACCAGACUUUACGCACACCGCCCUGUCUUUGUCUUUGUAUCCCUAUUCGUCAGUUCUUGUCAUUCCUUGUUCAUUGUUCCCUGUCCAUUGCCUAUUGCUCUUUGUUGCCGCUCGCUUAUAAACCGACCACCACACUUUGGCGUCAUUCGCUGACUGCUCGUCUUAUCACCUCGAAUGUACGUCCACUUUUCAAUUUAUUCUCCACCUUAUUAACUCUAUUGUGCUCCGCUAAUCUCACUGUUUAUUGCUAUAGAACCACAAAGAAUAACCGAGUUAUCCUGACUGUCUUCUGACAUAGCUCUGACCUCGGGUGCGUCUAUUCAGGUGAAUAAAACAGCACUGAAUUUAAAGAACACCAUCUACAAUCAGAGUAGAACAACAACUGACCACUGCAAAAGUACCAGGAGCAGACGUAAUUUGAAUCGAAGUCUACCCGUACAGCGACUCACAAUUCAUGAAAAAACUCAUCUCGCUUUUCCAGGUGGUAUGGAGACAAGGACGCACCCUCAAAGGCUUAAACGAUGACCCCAUCGCGCACAUUUGCAAACGCGAGGGGAACCGGCAACUCUGUUAUAACGUCAGAGCCAUUUUGGUUGUUUGCUCCUGUGACCCCCAGCGCCAUUGCCCACCCAUGCCACCUUCAGUCCGUCAGCCAGUCAGUGAAUCGUCUGGAUCGCAAUAACUUAGUACCGGAGUGGCGACAGAUCGACGCCAAUCGAAGCUGCACACAUCGCUGAUUGGACACAGGCGGACAGGGCCCUGACGCACGCACACUCUUUGCGCUGGGGUUAACGACAUGUUCAGCUGACACUCAACUGUUGAGAAUAUUUGUGGCCACUGUCUUCUGAGUCGCGUGCAUGAUCGCUAGCGUCAGUAAAACGUGACUACUAACUCUGUUUUCCCUGACAGUUUAUUUGGGAACCCUCGCGCUGUCUAUCCCCCAUCACCUCGACAGCGUUUCCCAUUCCAACGUUGAAGGAAAAAUCUUUCCUCGUGCCCUACGCGAUCGUUAAACACGCAGCUGGAGUAGAAACAUUUUCCAGAAACGCAGCGCGAAUUCAAAGUACGCAGCGCAACCACGACCUUUGUGGUCCGCAAACUGCACGAAAUGAGGACAAACCUCUACACAACUCUCGCCCAUCUGGCGAAGGCAUUUAACGCAAUGAAUCGUGAUGAAGUCUGAAAAUCAUGCUGAAAUUCAGAUACCCUGAUUGAUUUGGUCAACUGGCAAGACAGCUUCAUGACGGGAUAAUGGUUCGCGUCACAGACAACGGGGCAAUCUCUGAAACAUUUGCUGUGACCAAUGGCGUAGAGCAGGCCUGUGCUCUCGUUCCCACCCUAAUAGGUCCCAUGUUAUGCGUCGUGCUGAUAGAUGCCUGCCCUGAGGAGCCACCGCGAAUCCACAUCGACUACUGAACCAUCAGAAAACUGUUCAGCAUGGCAGCAUCUUCGAGGAGUACCCAAGGCCAGAGUCCACAAACAACUGUUCACGGAUGACUGCAUGCUAAACACCAUGAGGGAAGAGGACAUGUAGCGGAGUGUGAGCUUCUUCGUCUCCAGCUGCUCCAACUUGGACUUGAUAAUUAGCACACAGAAGACAGUGGUCGUGCACCAACCGGUACCAAAUGUUGCUUACGCCGAACCCUAUCUCAACGUCAGUGAAUUUUACCUCACACAAGUAGAGAUGUUCACGUACAUUGAGAGUAAAAUUGCAGGAAACAUCAAAAUCGACGACGGAAGCGCAAGACAAACCUCCAAAAUCACUCCAGUUUUCGGCCGACUAUGACCCUCCCUCUGAAACUGUCGCGACAUCCUACUGAACGCAGAAGUCGGGAUGUACAGGGCUGUUGUCUUGGCAACGUUCUUGUAUGGGGCGGAAACAUGCAUUUUAUAUGACGGCCAGGCAGGGCGACUCAGUCAUUUUCACCCCAGGUGCCCCUGAAGGAUACUGAAAGCGCAGUGGCUGGAAUGGAUCCCGGACAGUGAGAUCCUGGAAGGAACCGGUGUCCUCAGUAUUCACCCCAUGUUGAGGCAGAUACAGCUGUGAUGGAGCAACCACGUCGUGUGAACGGUCGAUGCGCUUUUUCCCAUGUGGCUGUUCUACUUCGACGUGGCUACGGCGGUCGCCAACAAGACCAAUAAAAGCAGCGCUACAAGGAUACCUUGAAGGAUACGUUAAGCACCUGCAAAUCAUCCUGGAGAUCUCGAAGGGCCUUGCUCACGAUCGAUAGGCCGGAUCAGCCAUCUUCGAAGUUAACCGAACAGUCCCUGCCAGUCAAAAGAGGGAGACCCGCAAGCCUCAACUGCUACGGAACAGUGACACCGGCAUCUAACCCCCGCUAUCGUGUGUACGCUGGCAACGGAAACUGGGGUCCCGGAUCGACCUUAUUGGGCAUAUGAAGACCCAGUGCAAUGUCAACACGACCAAUCUGCCUCUCACCUUGCAGCACACCUCUAAUACCGCCGCUAUUAGCAAUACCAAAGAGGAUACACGCACCGUCCGACAACAUAUUUCCAGCAACAAUGCGGACUCAGUCCCAGACUGUGCCUAUUGUGUUCGCACCGUCUCAUCGCGCAUAGGCUUGCUUGAUCACUUGCGACUUAACCGGACAGAUAUUAACUAGCCUGUUUCUAUGGCCUCAAUAUACAGACUCACCACCGGCCUCAUCUGUCCCCAAUGUCACGAGAAAUAAAGACACCGCAUGGGUCUAAUUGCUCACACCCGAAUCCAUGACAACGGAAUUCACAGAAAUUUCAUUACAACAGAUCUAGAUCCUGCAGUUAAAGACUCCUCUACCACCUACACUACGUGGGCAAGACCACUAGAAAGCGACUGUCCCUCCUCUGUAGCUGCCCGCAAGGGAACUUUCUUUCAAAAGGCCUUGAUGAAAUAUGAGGAGGGCGAAUUCCCCCUUCAUAUCCCUGAUUGAAAGUAUCUAAAAUUUGCUUAUUAAAAUCAAAUAAAGAAGGAGUCAUUAAGUCCGUGACUAAACAUACCGCUCCCGGUUAGCCGAAAAUGGCAAUUAACAGAAAAACGAGCGCAUUUAUAGUUGAGGCUUCGGCCCCCUUCUAAGUGGCGCUGUCUUUGCAAUUUGAGCAGAAUAUAAGUUACGAGUUCUCAAGUAAUUUGUUCACUCCUACCUAAUUAAAUCCAAGUGCCACUAACGCGGACUCCUUUUUUGUGCCUUAUUAAAUGAGGGCAUGUCACUGUCAGCUUUACCAGCCAUGGUUUAGGAAGUGUGUGUGUCUGCUAUGUCAUGAUUCCGCAAACCAUGGUCCUUGCAGCCUGGUAUGCGCUGGCCGUUCUCUGGAACCUGGUUCCCUACCGGUUGAUGCGCUUGCGCUCCCACUUGGUAUACAGGCCAUGUGCAUGGUUGCCCGGUGACUCGUGUCAUCCUUCUCUUUCUGACCCAUUUUUGUUGUUGACUAACAUCCUGGUCAAGUAUCUGUUGUGAACCAGGGGGUGAAGUAGUGCGCCUACAGUACAGCCAUCGACCAGCUCCCGCAAGUGGAAACGAACAAAGACCUGUUCCUCCACCCUCCCUCCCGGAAACAAUCAGAGCCGUCCACUGGCUGUCCAUCGGGAAAACUUCGGGAUCCGAUGAGAUCCCUGCUGAAGUCUACAAGCACAGCGGCCCUCGACUGAUGGGCAUACUUACAGUGCGUGACCCAUCUUAUGAAAUCUGAUAACGGGAACUGAUGAACGAAUUUCUGGACGCCUUUAACGUUGAGCAUUUUGUUCGCUGAUCCACAUCCUUCAAUGAAAUGUCCUUUUCUUGUGCAGAAAUUGUUUUUACGUAAUUAUACCAAGUACAUCACUGGAAACCUGUUUUGGAAUCUACAUUCAGAAUGCAGGCAGUUAACAAACCGUCAUAUAUGAAAUCACACAACUUAUUAAAGGAUAUUUAGAUGUAAACUCCACUAAACCACUAUUACUAAACGUUAUUUUAUGCCUGCGUUCAUUUUUUACUACGCUUUUGGCAUGAGAAUACAUUCUAUACAUCUAAAAACGAAGUUUACUAAAGUAGAGCCCUUGCUGACGUUUUCGGGAUAUUGCGCUUUUCAAAAUAAAUCGGCAUUUUAAAACAACACAACACUGCCUUUCAAAUUUUUUUAUGUUUUUAAUUCUUUUAAACUCGUACUUAAUUAACAUAGACAUUGGACUCAUGAAAUGGUGUCGGUUUGCGAGUGAUUGGCAAUCAUUCGUAAAUUGCGAUACUUUUUAUUAGUUAGGUAACUAACUGUAGGGGUGUCAGCGGUGGGUUCACGUGAUGGUCGUGGUGGUCGCUCACUUGCUUGCAGGUGAAACUGCGCCUAGCGUUCACUUGCUGGCACUCAACUCUCACCUGUGGCUCCACGUAGCUGGGCUCUGCUCAGCGGCCACACCCCGGGCAACCGUCUCGACCGGCGGGCUAAACCAGGUGAGGGGGCCCUGUGCGCUGUGCCGUGUGCACAGGGUUUGCGGAUUCCGCUGGAUGGAAGGUCGGAUGGAACCUUGCGUCGGCACUGUCGUGACGUGGUUCGUCUCUGCACGCCGCUGGACAGCGGGUGACGGGAUGGAUCUCCACAUCGAAAUCGCCUUGACGCGCCCACCUACGCCGUCGGAGACCGCGGCUUACGGCGAAUUCGAGUCACUCUCCACUACAACCCGAAGUCGUGGCCCCAUAGUGGAGUUCGGCCGUGCCACAACGACACAUGUCAGCCCUAUUCAGGGAUGGCACUGCCAGCCCCCACGACGGGAAGGGCCUAGAAAAGGUGGCCUAAACAUUGCUGGGUACCACGCCGUCUCCAGGCUAGCCACGGCCGCAGACGUCUAAUCAUUGUCGAAACAAUCAAAAUCGAAACAACAACAAUACCAAUAACAACAACAAUCAUACUCCUUCUCCUCAUCCUACCUCUUAUUUCUCUUCCUCCGUCUAUUCCUCUGCCUUUUCUUCUCCUUCGUCAUCUUCUUCUCCACCUCCUUCCCGUCGCCCCACUCGUUGUCACCACACUGGCAGCGUGAGCCCGCUCACUCUGGCAGCCUGGAAUGUUCGUUCCCUUUUAGACAAUCCGAGAAGCAACCGACCGGAACGGAGGACGGCGCUAGUGGCACGAGAACUGGCGCGCUACGAGGUGGACAUCGCCGCACUCAGCGAGACCCGAUUCUCCGAACAAGGCCAGCUGGAGGAGGUGGGUGCCGGCUACACCUUCUUCUGGAGUGGUCGACCCAAGGCAGAGCGACGAGACGCGGGUGUCGCCUUCGCCAUCCAGAACGACAUCGUGGGACGACUACCCUGUUUGCCGCAAGGCAUCAACGAUCGCCUGGUGAGCCUCCGCCUGCCUCUCUGA